AUGGCCGAAGGAGGGGUGGGAAAAGGUGGCGCCGGAGACCCCGCCAAGUCGCCCGGACAGGACGACCGGAGCUCGUCGCAUAUCUUAGCUGGUUCUGGCUACUGUAAAUGGUUCAACGUACGGAUGGGUUUUGGAUUUAUAUCAAUGACCAGCAGCGAGGGAAGCCCCGUGGAUCCACCUCAGGACGUAUUCGUUCACCAAAGCAAGCUGGUAAUGGAGGGCUUUCGCAGUCUUCGGGAAGGGGAGCUGCUGGAGUUCACCUAUAAAAGGUCGUGUAAGGGCCUGGAGUCUCUGAGGGUCACGGGCCCAGGGGGCGGGCCCUGCUCCGGGAGCGAGAGACGGCCCAAAGGAAAGGCCCCGCCCAUCAAACGCAAACCAAAGGGAGACCGGUGUUAUAACUGUGGAGGGCUUGAUCAUCAUGCUAAAGAGUGUGGCCUGCCCCCUCAGCCAAAGAAAUGCCACUGUUGUCAGAGCAUCACGCACAUGGUGGCUCAGUGCCCCCACAGAGCACUGACUCCCCCCUCCUCUUCUCAGGAUCCCCACCCUUUUAGCUACGCCCAGGAGGAGGAAGAUAGACCAGGCUCCUCCCCCCGCCAGGAAUCCUCCUCUUCUCCGGAGGAGCCCCUGCCGCGUGGCCUCCACUCUCAACGCUGGAGGAAGCCCUGA